AUGCAAGCCAGUGCGGAAAUUUCGCACAAAGUUCGUCUUGCAAUCAAGACGAAGUUAACAGAGCUAGGCGCGUAUGUAGACGAUGAACUGCCAGACUAUGUACUCGUGAUGGUCGCGAACCGACGAGGCCGCGCAGACAUGAAAAAGGAAUUAGAGCUAUUUCUCGGCGAUGCGACGGACAGAUUUUGUACCUGGCUUUUUGGCGUUUUAGAUCGACUAAAAGAUGCGAAGAAGGGCCGGGAGUUAAUGGACAAAAAGAAAAGCGAAAAAUUGGAAGACAAGGAGCUCGACGACUUCAGCGAAGACGAAGAAGAAGAAAAAACGAGCAAAAGCAAAUCAAAGCCGAAAUCGCCCACUCCAGAGCCAAAAGAGUCGAAAAAAUCUUCCAAGAAACGAAGCCCAACGCCAGAAAAGUCCGUCAAGUCGAAAAAGAAAGAAAGAGCAGCGUCGAAAUCGCCAGCGCGAAAUGGAAUGCCAUCUUGGUCGCCUCAGCGCAAGAAAAAAGAGAGCAGAUCCAGAAGCAGAUCGAGAUCCAGGAGCAAGUCAAGAAGCAAGAAGACAAAAAGACGCUCUCGCUCAAGAUCCGAUUCUCGUUCGAGAAGAAGCCGAAGUCGUAGCCGCGAUCGCAAGGAGAAAAAGAGCAAAGACAAAAAAUCAAAAAAAGACCGGAGAAGAUCGCGAUCUCGUUCGCGGUCGCGCAGCAAAAAGGACAAAAAAUCCGACCGACGAAAAGAACUCGAAGAAGAAGAAAAACGUUCCAAAGCUCGGGAGAGAGCGCGAGAAAAGGGCGUCAAGAGCUCGAUUGUCGUGAAGAGAGAGGAAGUCAAAGAACGACCUUCGGAAGGCGACAAAACCGAAAAGUCGGCGAAGCCAACUAGUAAUUUAAUUAUUCGUGCAAUCAAUGAAUCUUCUGGCACCUCGAAGAAGAAGCUCAGCGGUAUCACACGCUCGAUCACAGUAUCAAAGCCUGGCGAAACUAAGGUCGUGACGAGAACGAUCGAAAAAACUGGCGAUAAGCGACGAAGCAAGACCAAGGAUGAAGGGCGAGAGCCUAUUAAAACUGAUUCCCGUGUGUUUGUCACGAAGAACGGCGGCACGGACAAAUCGAAGCGAGCUUCAUCCCCUAAAUUCGUCGUCACAUUGGAGGGCAAAAAAGGUUCGACCGCUGCGCUGAAGACCAAAACGAAAAAGAAAGUCGAGGAAGAGAACGAAGAAGCUCUUGUUAUUCACCCCGACGACUCCGACGAUGAGUCGAGCAAGUUGCUCAAGACUUCGGAGCUCACCGACGAAGCCCAGAAAAUCAAGCAACUUCAGAAGACCACGCUUCCUCAGGAAAUGACACCCACGCCAAUCGUUCCGACGAUGGAGAUAAAUGCCGCGCUUGACUCGUCUGAUCAGGACAAGAGAACAAUCUUCGUCUCCGGUCUCGACGUCGCCACAACAGAGCCAGAGUUGAAGGAGCAUUUCCAAGUUUGUGGCACCAUCCUAAGAGUGACUAUUUUACGCGACCGAUUCACCAGAGUUUCCAAGGGCUGCGCUUAUAUUCAGUUUGCUUCUGUGGAGCAACGAAAAACUGCCGACGUAUUUGAUAUGACUGAAAUCCACGGAAAAACGAUAAAAGUAACGCAGAAAAUAAACCGAGCAGAGUUGCACAGUGCUCCUCCAGCCACUGCACCGGCCCCUGCUUAUCACAAACCCUACAAGCCUCAUUUCAAUUCAAUAAAGCCUGGCGGCCACAACCCGUAUUCGUGGACGAGAAGCGGCUACAUGCCCCCGCGCUGA